AUGGCUGACGUGCCACCCGCUUCCCCAUCCGAACUUAUGCGGAUGGUAACCGAGCUACAGCAAGCCAAUCAACGUAUAGCAGAAGAAAAUCAAAGAAUGGCCGCCCAAAUUGCCGAGCUGAACAAUGCCCGGAUCAAAAACAAUAACGCUAACCAACAUCAACCAAAAGAUAAUGAGCAUCAUUCCGACCCUUCCCACGUCUCAGAGACCAUUCGAGUCAAGGGAGCCCAACCUGAAGAUGAAAACGAGGACCCCGACGAGUCUGUGGGACCCUUCACGCCAGAAGUAAUGAACUUCGAGCUACCAAGAAGAUUCACCCUGCCACUAACCCUCACACCUUAUGAUGGGCUCGGAAACUCGAAGAAAUUUAUCAAAAAGUUCCGAUCAAUAAUGAUUCUGGCCAAGCUAUUUGAAGAACAUUUUGCUGGAUCUACAAUUUAUCUGCACGACUCGGAUUAUUUGAAUACAAUCAAGCAGGGACCAAAUGAAAGCCUGAAGGACUAUAUGACCCGCUUCACAAAAGUCACCAUCAGUAUACCUGACCUCCACCCCGAGGUCCAUCUGCACGCAAUCAAAAGUGGACUCCGACCUGGGAAGUUCCAAGAAACCAUUGCGGUGGCCAAGCCGAAGACCCUUGCCGAGUUUCGCGAGAAAUCCAAGGGCCAAAUUGAUAUCGAGGAGCUCAGACAAGCUCGGAAGUCCGAGAAAACAUAUUACCAAGACAAAGAUAAGGCUCUGAGCACUAAGAAAAAUUUUAAACUAACUCCUCGAUUUGAUUCUUAUACGCAGCUCAACACUAAGAAAGAGGACAUAAUCAAAGAAAUCUUAAAUUCAAAGCUAAUCAAGCCACCAAGGAAGGUUGGUACCUAUCAAGAUACCAAGAAUGUGGAUAAGUCCAAAUACUGUGCUUUCCAUCAGAAGCACGGCCACACCACUGACGACUGUGUGGUCACAAAGGACCUCUUGGAGCAGCUAGCUCGACAAGGACACCUUGACAAGUAUAUUGGAGGUCACAUCCAAAAACGUACCACACCUUCCACAACCAAUGACUCGUCUGAGCAUCUAAACUGA